AUGGCAAACAACAACGUUUACUCUGUUCUGAAGUCGCUGCUUCUGCUUCUUCACCUUGUAUUCUUGAGUAAGCAACAUGUUGACUCUGCCUCAAUCGUCAAAUUCCUUCCUGGUUUUGAAGGCCCUCUUCCCUUUGAGCUCGAAACCGGGUAUAUUGGUGUUGGUGAGGAAGAGGAGGUGCAACUGUUCUACUACUUCAUCAAGUCUGAGAGGAACCCAAAAGAAGACCCUCUUCUUCUCUGGCUAACUGGAGGACCUGGCUGCUCUGCCAUCUCUGGCCUUCUUUAUCAGAAUGGGCCUCUGGCUAUGAAGCUCGAUGUUUACAAUGGAACUCUCCCUUCUUUGGUCUCUACUACAUAUUCUUGGACAAAGACUUCGAGCAUGAUAUUCUUGGACCAGCCCGUUGGAACUGGCUUCUCCUAUUCAAGAACGCAACUUUUUAAUAAACCUAGUGAUACAGGAGAAGCCAAACGGAUCCAUGAGUUUCUUCAAAAGUGGCUAGGCAAGCAUCAAGAGUUUUCCUCCAACCCUUUCUAUGUUGGCGGAGAUUCCUAUUCCGGUCUGGUUGUUCCAGCUACCGUUCAAGAAAUUUCAAAAGGAAAUUGUCAAUGCUGCAAUCGUCCAAUAAAUCUUCAGGGCUAUGUGCUCGGUAACCCGUUAACAGACUGUGUAUAUGAUUGUAACUACCGCGUUCCAUUUGCUCAUAAAAUGGCACUGAUCUCUGAUGAACUCUACGAGUCGUUGAAGAGAACCUGCAGAGGAGAAUAUGUAAAUGUUCAUCCACAUGACACAGAAUGCUUGAAAUUCGUUGAAGAAUUUAACAAGUUAACAAACAGAGUAUGCGAACGACAUAUAUUACAUUCAUGUUGCGAAACUGAAACUCCAAGUUGCUAUUCUUAUAGGUUUAUGCUAACUACCUACUGGGCCAAUGACGAAACCGUACGCAAAGCUCUUCAAAUCAAUAAGGAGAGUAUAGGGGAAUGGACACGAUGUUAUCGCGGUAUUCCUUACAAUCAUGACAUUAAAAGUAGCGUACCUUACCAUAUGAAUAACAGCAUCGAUGGUUAUCGUUCUCUCAUCUACAGUGGUGAUCAUGAUAUCCAAGUACCUUUCCUUGGGACUCAAGCUUGGAUAAGAUCGCUCAACUAUUCUAUCAUUGAUGACUGGAGGCCAUGGAUGAUCAAAGAUCAAAUCGCUGGGUAUAUACGGGUUUUUUUUUUUUUAAAACGGGUUCUCUUAUUCUUUUGUUUUAUGAGAUUCGCUUUGAAGUUUAUUCUUGAUACUUAACUGGCAGAUACACAACGAGUUAUGUCAAUAAAAUGACAUUUGCUACUGUCACAGGAGGUGGGCACACAGCAGAGUUUACACCAAAGGAAACCUUUAUGAUGUUCCAAAGGUGGAUCAAUGGCCAACCUCUGUGAAAGAAGAGAGUGACUUUUACGUACAACGGACAAGAGAUUGUGUGUGAUUCUAGUAACACAUUUUCCAAAUCAAUGCUGCCUCUCGGCCCAAGUUUCUCAUAGAGACAAAUCAAAAUGAUGUGGAUUCAUCAUUUCUAACAUCGACUCUAUGAAACUGCUUUAGCUAUUUCUCGAUAUUUCAGUUGUUUCUUCCAGAUACAAGUGAGGUUCCUUUAAUAAACAAUGGUGAAGGAAAAUCGCAGAUUUUAAAAGUUUUAACGAAUACCAAAGUAGUAAAUCGAAUGUCUAACACGUUAAGCUUGAAAUGAAAUGGGUGCUAUAAAAUAAUUAAGUAAAUCUCUUAAAACCACACGAGUCCAAAACAAUAAUAUUAG